UGCGACCUCCAUUCAUCCUUCAUCUCCCUUUCGUCCCACUCGUAGACAGAGUAAUAGAUCUAUUAUUAUUCCGUCUACGGUCCCACUGUAAAAAUAUUUUAACUUCAUCCUUCUCAAAAUUAACCGAACACCUCAUCAAAAAGGCUUGAAAUAAGCUUCUACGAGGGUGAAGUGUAGUUAUUAAGUGUAAUAAAACAGUGUUCUCGUGCAAAUGGCUUUAAAAUCACCACCGGUGUUACUCGGACUCCUUGGGAGACUAUCCCGUCGUUCUUUUUCUACCUCGAAGGCUUUAGCGUCGAAGCCUGUGACUGUGCGUGAUGCCUUGAACCAGGCAAUCGAUGAGGAGAUGGAAAAGGAUGAUAAAGUGUUCGUUUUAGGUGAAGAAGUGGCUCAGUAUGACGGCGCCUACAAAGUUACCAGAGGUCUAUGGAAAAAGUAUGGAGACAAAAGAGUCAUAGACACACCUAUAACGGAGAUAGGCUUUGCGGGUAUAGCGGUGGGGGCUGCGUUUGCUGGACUCAAGCCUAUUUGCGAGUUCAUGACCUUCAACUUCUCUAUGCAGGCCAUUGACCAUAUAAUAAAUUCAGCAGCAAAGACAUUCUACAUGUCAGCGGGUGCCAUUCCGGUGCCCAUUGUAUUCCGAGGUCCCAAUGGUGCAGCGUCUGGUGUGGCAGCACAACACUCACAGUGCUUUGGUGCCUGGUUCAGCCACUGCCCCGGGUUGAAGGUCAUCAUGCCCUACUCUUCUGAAGAUGCUAAGGGUCUAUUGAAGGCUGCAAUCCGGGACAAAGACCCGGUAGUUUUCCUAGAGGACGAGCUUCUCUAUGGUGUGCCAUUCCCCAUGUCUGAUGAGGCUUUGUCCUCAGAUUUUGUACUGCCUAUAGGUAAAGCUAAAAUCGAAAGGCCGGGCAACCACAUCACAUUAGUCUGCGCCGGCAAAGCCACCGACACCGCCCUGCAAGCUGCCAACGAACUCGCUGGGAACGGAAUUGAAUGCGAAGUCAUUAACCUACGAUCGAUAAGGCCGCUGGACUUUGAAACCAUUGCUCAGUCCAUUGCCAAGACUCACCAUCUCAUCACUGUGGAGCAGGGCUGGCCUCAAUCCGGCAUUGGAGCGGAGAUCUGCGCGCGAGUGAUGGAGUCGCCCGUGUUCUUCGAACUGGACGCGCCGGUGUGGCGAGUGACGGGGGCGGAUGUGCCCAUGCCUUACACUCGCUCACUGGAGGCGUUCGCCAUUCCACGCCCGCCCGAUGUGGUGGCAGCCGCCACAGCCGUUAUAGGCAACAAAAUCGCGACAUCAAUGGGUCAGUGAAAUAGGAAUCUCUAGAAAGUAUACAUUGAGUCAAAUCUAACUGUAAAUAUUUAUUGUUAUUGUAUUUAUAAGGUAUACGAAAGUAAACGUCGCGUCAAUCACUUUAUACUGGGCUGUCAGGCAUGGAGAUGGAUAAAUGUUUAAAUAAAUCUAAUAUUUAUAUUAUUUAUUUGUUUUAUACUAGGCUGUCAGGUAUUGAGAUGGGAAAAUGUUUUAAUAAAUCUAUUAGGUAUUUAUAUUUACUUGUUUUAUACUCGACUGUCAGGUAUGGAGAUGGAUAAAUGUUUAAAUAAAUCUAUUAUUU